AUGUUCUCCCAAUGGCAUCAACCCGAUCGAGUGACUGGCGGAUUCCUGAAUCGAUUCUCUCGCAAAGAGCGAGCAAAGCGAAAACAACAACAAUCCGAACAACAAGCACAUCUUCAAGUUCCACCUGCCUAUAAAGCAGAUCUCUACGGUGGCCCCGGCAUCACCACCGGGCCCCGCUCCGCACAUCCCCGACCACUAUCAUCCUUUGCUCCGGACUUAAGUCGACAGGCCCACCAUGCCUAUCAAUACCCGCAGCAGCUCCCCCGAGCUUCGUGCGACCAGCCCCCACUACCAACGUACGAUCCAUCAAAGUACCAACCUAUUCGACCGACGUCGAUCCCCAGUUCGGAUUUAUUGUACGCCAAUCCAUACGCGAGCGGCCAGUCUUCUCACCUGAGCGCUGCUCAUUAUCAUAAUGUGCGUUCCUCGAUUUAUCAUCCCGCGCCGCCGCCGGUGAACCAAUACUCCGCACCAAGACUACCACCAUAUGAUUCGGUGGCGUCUGCAAGACGUCAAUCUGCCAUGCCCAUUUCGUCCCGUCCAGCUGCUUCUGCUCAUCAGCGACUAAGAGCUGAGGCUAGAGAAAGAAGUCACUCUGAACCUAUGCCUGCAGGUCCCGGUGAAAGUCAGGGCACACGAGGCCCACGUCGCCAAAAGCCUGUUCUUUCGCGAUUGAUUACGAACUUCGGUUAA